AUGCCCGAGGUCCCUGGUCUGCCUGACACAGGACCGUUUCAGAGAUUCUCAGGUUAUUCAGUGGGCCUGAAGGUCUACUUGUUUACAGCUUUUCCCAUCAUCUUCUUCAUACUUCACCUUCGAGCAACCAGACUCCGAGUCAUUCCAGAGGGGAUACCGUGGGUUGGUCUACGCCAUGAAUGGUUCUCAAGGACGAGAGCAAACAUUCGAGAGUUCUUGAACUCGAAAUUGAAUGUCGAAGAGGGCUACCAAAAGUAUGGCAAGCACGGAAAACCGUACAUCACGCCAAACCUGACUUUCAAAGCAGAGGUCAUGCUGCCACCCUCGUACAUGCCAUGGCUGCUUGCACAACCAGAUUCGGUCCUCUCCAUUCACAAGGUGCUCCUCGCCGAUGUCGAGUUCGAAUAUACGUCCCCGCGAAGCUGGAAGUUUGUGCGGCCGUUUCACAACGAGGCGCUGAACAAAAUGAAUUUGGAUUCCAUGACUGGCGCUAUGAUCGAAGAGAUAUCAGAGUCCGUCGAGGAGUAUUUCGGUAGUGUUCCUGGAAAAUGGACUCGUGUGGGCGUGCAGGCGUCCAUGUCGGCCAUCCUGACCCGCAUCACGAACCGAGUCUUCAUGGGCAAGGAGGUCGCCCAUGACCAGGACUACUCUUACUACUCGACCAACUUCGUCAACAAAAUCGGGCAAUGCGCUACAAUAAUCGCAUACCUCAUCCCCGCCAUGCUCAAGCCCGCCCUCGGGCCCCUCGUCGCCCUGCCAGCCCGCUACUACGACCACCGCUGCUCGCGGUACCUCGUGCCGCUGAUACAGAAGCACCUGGACGAGGCAACAGCAGCAAAGGACGCGACCCACGAGGAGCUCAACCAAGAUAUGCUGCAGCUGAUGGCGCGCUUCGCAGCCAAGAGCAACAAUCCGCUAGACCACGACCCGCGGUCCCUGAGCGCGCGCCUCCUGGCACUCAACUUCGUUGGAAUCCACACCAGCAGCGCGGCAGCCAUGAGCGCCCUCGUCAACAUCCUGUGCGCCGGGCCGGAGGUCCUCGCCGCGCUGCGACGCGAGGCCUCGUCCGUGCUGCGCGGCAGCGGGGGCGUCUGGGACAAGGCGGCCGUCGGCAGGCUCGCGCUCAUGGACAGCACCCUGAGGGAGUCGCUGCGCUUCAGCGCCUUGAAGGCCCGCGGGGUCGAGAGGCAGGUCGUCAAGAGGGGAGGGGUGUCUGCCUGA